AUGCUUUCCGUCAUCAAGUUGUUCAACUUGUUUGUGGCCAGCGUUAGCCUGUGCCUGCUAUUUUGCCCGAUAAGCGGUUGGGAGGUUGGAAAACUUCCAGUCGCUUCGCCUCAUGAUGUGGUCUCCAUCUCAACUACAUCACGGCAGACACACAGCGGUAUACUGAUCAUCAAAUACCCGUGUGAUGAGGCACAAUCCCUCACCCAAGAACUGCUUUCAGUCUGGGUGUCUCUUUUCCAACACCUUUAUGACUCAGUGUCAUCAUCAUCUGCACCAUCUUCUGAAGUCCCAGACUUCUUCGGACAGGGUUUCAUCUAUGGUGACAUCAUCUUCAAGAUCUUAGAUUCUGACGAUGUCCGGGAUGCUGUGUUCGCCUUUGUCAUUUGGUGCCUGUGCGCAGCAGCCCUUGUCGGGUUUGUUUGCUGGGUUCGCCCGCCAGCAAGACGUCAUUCCCGUUACUUCAUGGGGCGUGGUUCGUCAGGCUUCAACCGUGGCAGUUACCGCCCAUCUAUGUGGCGACGAAUGAUGCCUCGCCUCAGACAAUACAUGGUGCCGGUGCUGUUCGUGAAGGCCUUCUGGCCAUUCCAGGUUAGCUUCGGUACCUUUCUGUUCAACCUAACAAAGCCUGUUGGUUCAUCGACCGCUCGUCUCCUGCAUCUCGCCAUUAAACCAACUACCGAUUUGUCGCACAGAGUUGGACAUCUUCUACUGAGCUCAGCGGCAACACCCGAAGAAGCUGUGAGAGGGUUGUUUGUCUCUUUAUGCUUGGCGCCAAUAUUCUGCUGCUUCUUCAUCUGGAUGUUCAGUGCCUUAUUUCUGAGAACAAGUGACGUCAAACGACCUACGGGUGAAUGUCUGGUCAUUUUACACACCCGAAAUACGACUUCUGUAACCCUCGAUGGACACGAACAAUCUGGCUAUGAACAAUCGGUUAUUCCUCAAGAAAGGUUCAAGCACUCUAAAGAUCACCACGAGACCCCGGGAGUUACUCCGCUGUUGGAUGCUGAGUACUCAAGUGACGAAUCCGAAACAAAGACCGAUGGUGGAAUACCACACCAGCCUGUUCAGAAUGUUUCUGGAGAGACCGAGACACCGCAGGAAUUAUUGCCGACCGGACGCUCAUUGCAAAAACAGCCGUCUACAUCAACCACCGAAUCCGUCAAAACAUCACAGGAUCUAGUGACCAAACAGCAGCUGAGUCAGGAAAAUGAAUCAAAUGCAACCGCCGUUUCAGAACAGAAGCCUGUACUUUCGGUUGGGUCUGGAAGUUCAACACCAAUGUCUUUUGGUGAUCCAGAGGCAUGUGACGGGACCUUGUUGUCACAGACGUCUUCAUCGGUAACAGAAGCUGUCGUUUCGGAACCAAAGUCGCCUCAACUCUUCUCUGAAUCUGAAUCUUCUCACAACUCUAAAUCUGGAAGUUCAACAUCAUCAUUGCAGCCCCAUUUGGAAGCAGAGGUUUGUGAUAGAUAUUCAAAGGACAAACUAGAAACGAUCGUUUCAGAGCUAAAGUCAUCACAGCUCAAUGGAUCUGAAAAAGAGAAAGAACCACAGACUCCAUUGGAGGAAGAGAUCGUAUCCGUGACUACUAACCUGAACUCGGCACAACCCAAUGGAUCUGGAAGCCCUGUUCCAUCACAGACUCCUUUGGACACGCUGACACAUGGAGAGCCUGCGCUUCAACAGCUGUCGUCUCAACAUAACGACUCCGAAACUUCCAUUCUAGAAGAGAAGACAACACGAUUCAAACGAUCUGGACGAUUGGCUACCUUGCAACCCUCUCCGGAGUUCAACAUACCUGUAAGAUCACGUCCUCAUCAACAGCAUCAACAGAUCGUUGGAAAUGGAAGUUCUGUGCCACGGCCGUCGCAUCAGAAGACACAUGAAAGAACUGUGCUUCUCGAACAGCCUUCGAGUGUUACUGGAUGCCAAGAGUCUCUUCAGCAGUCUACCAAGCCAACGACAUCUAAAGCGUCUCCACGAUUUAAUGGAUCAAGUCAAACUCAGCAGUCUGCCACGCCAAUAACAUCUGAUGUGUCCAAACCAUCUCAGCAGAACGGACGAACUCAUAUUCGACCAUCUGUCAAGCCAAUACCUUCUAAAGUGUCCAAGCGAACUCAGCAAUCUCACUGGUAUAAUGGACAAGCUCAAGAGUCUCUUCUCCAUGCGCAUUCCUCACCGCCGAAGGAAUUGAGGGAAUCUGGGGUGUACCUUUCACUUAAAAAUAACUUACAGCGGAAUGCAUCCAUAAGACCAGUUCUUGCUCAUCAAACACAAAUACCAACAGGAUCUGGUGGUUUUCCUUCGUCACAAACGUUGAAGAAAAGGCCGGAGUUGACUCAGUUGAAGCCAAAACCGAUAGGCAUAACAUUCAGAGAGUCUCUACCAUUGUAUGCUAUGCAGAAUAAAGGAUAUGGAAGAAUCAAUCAAGAGUAUUUUCAGUCCAAAAGGCAACUCAACUCUUCUUUGCAAAACAAGGGAGACAUGACGCAGCAAAAUGAUCCGUUGGAGCAAACAACACCAAAGCCUAGAGGAUUAGAGCAUCCUGAAUUGUUACAAACUCCACAAGCCCAUGGUGCUGAAGAGAUCGCCUCCUUGACUCAGUACAGUGUACCUGGUAGAUCUUUACCAAGGCAGCAGUCUGUCAGACCAAUAGCAUCUGAAGGGUCCAUUCCACUGCCACAGAUAUCUUCAUUCCCAAUCGGACGCAACGAACGAUCCAUGUCAGUCAAGGAGUCCCCAGGACCUAACGGAGCUGGAAAGUCUAUGCAAGCACAACAGACGAUGAAAUCAAAUUGUUCAAAUUUGAAGAUUCCAUUUCUGCAGACUCCAACAGGACCAUUGUUACCAAUGAAACCGCGCUGGCUGUUUAGAAUGAGUGGUUGGGUAAAGCCGACAAAACGGUCUCCACAAAACACUGGAAUUAGAAUGCCAACCCCGGUGCAGUCGACUGAACAAACUGUUGGACCUGGAGUGAUCGAUUCACUAACGAACUCUUCUGUACUUGGAAAGAUUACGCCACCUCAGCCUCAUUCACAAUGCAAUGUACCCAGUCAAGUUCAGCAGUCCGGCAGACCAAUAACAUCUCCAUGGAAUGGACCAACUCAGGUUCAGCAGUCUACCAAGCCAAUACCAUCUGAAGUAUCCAAGCCAACUCAGCAGCCUCCGCAAUGUAAUGGACCAGCUCAAGUUCAGCAGGCUGCCAGGCCAACACCGAAUGAAGGAUCCAAGCCUACUCAGCCGUCUUCACCAACUAAUGGUCCAAAGCAAGUUCAGCAGUCACCAAAACCAAUGUCAUCUGAAGCGUCUCCACUGUAUAAAGGACCAACUCAAAAUCAGCACUCUGCUAAGCUUAUAACAUCUGAAGUAUCCAAGCCACCUCAGCAGCCUCAAUUGUAUAAUGGGACAACUCACACUCAGCAGUCUGCCAAGCCAAUAACAUAUGAAGUGUCCAAGCCAUCUCAGCAGCCUCCACUGUAUAAUGGACCAACUCAAAUGCAGCAGUCUGCAAAGCCAAUACCAUCUGACGCGUCUAAAUCACCUCAGCAGCCUCCAUUGUAUAAUGGAGCCAGUCAAACUGAGCAGUCUGUCAAGCUUAUACCAUCUGAAGUGUCCAAGCCACCUCAGCAGCCUCCACUGUACAAUGGACCAACUCAAAUGCAGCAGUCUGCAAAGCCAACACCAUCUGAAGUGUCCAAGCCAUCUCAGCAGCCUCCACUGUAUAAUGGACUAACUCCAAUGCAGCAGUCUGCCAAACCAAUAACAUCUGAAGUGUCCAAGCCAUCUCAGCAGCCUCCAUUGCAUAAUGGAGCCAGUCAAACUAAGCAGUCUGCCAAGCUAAUACCAUCUGACUUGUCCAAGCCAUCUCAGCAACCUCCACAGUAUAAUGGACCAACUCAAACUCAGCAGUCUGCCGAACCAAUACCAACUGAAGUGUCAAAGCCACCUCAGCAGCCUCCACUGUAUAAUGGAGCCAGUCAAACUCAGAAUUCUACCGAGCGAAAACCAUUUGAAGUGUCCAAGCCAUCUCAGCAGCCUCCACUGUAUAAUGGACCAACUCAACUUCAGCAUUCUGCCAAUCCAAAAACAUCUGAAGUGUCUAAGCCAUCUCAGCAAUCCACACGAUUUAAUGGACCAACUCAACUUCAGUGGACUGCCAAGCCAAUCCCAACUGAAGUGUCCAAGCCACCUCAGCAGUCUCCACUGUAUUAUGGAGCCAGUCAAACUCAGCAUUCUACCGAACAAAUAUCAUUUGAAGUGUCCAAGCCAUAUCAGCAGCCUCCGCCGUAUAAUGGACCAACUCAACUUCAGCAGUUUACCAAGUCGAAACCAUCCGAGGAAGUGUCUAAGCCAUCUCAGCAGCCUCCACUGUACAAUGGACCAACUCAAAUUCAGCAUUCUGCCAAACCAAAAACAUCUGAAGUGUCUAAGUCAUCUCAGCAGCCUCCACUGUAUAAGGGACUAACUCAAAUUCAGCAUUCUGCCAAGCCAAUACCAUCUGAAGUGUCAAAGCCAUCUCAGCAAUCUACACGAUGUAAUAGACCAACUCAACUUCAGGAGUCUAGUAAGCCAAUACCAUCUGAAGUGUCAAAGCCAUCUCAGCAAUCUACACGAUGUAAUGGACCAACUCAACUUCAGCAGUCUGUCGAGCCAGUAACAUAUGAAGUGUCCCAGCCACCUCAGCAGUCUCAUUGGUUUUAUGGACCCACUAUACUUCAGCAGUCUACCAAGCCAAUACCAUAUGUGGAAGUGUCAAAACCACCUCAGAAGCCUUCACUGUAUAAAGGACUAACUCAACUUCAGCAUUCUACCAAACAAACAACAUCUGAAGUGUCCAACCCACCUCAGCAGUCUCAUUGGUUUUAUGGACCAACUCAUCUUCAGCAGUCUACCAAGCAAAUACCAUCGGAGGAAGUGUCCAAACCACCUCAGCAGUCUCAUUGGUUUUAUGGACCACCUCAAACUCAGCAUUCUGCCAAGCCAAUACCAUCUGAAGUGUCCAAACCACCUCAGCAACCUCCUAGGUAUAGUGGACUAUCUCAACUUCAGCAUUCUACAAAACCAAUACCACCCGAGGAAGUGUCCCAGCCACCUCAUCAGUCUCAUUGGUUUGAUGAACCAACUCAAAUUCAGCAGUCUAGUAAGCCAAUACCAUCUGAAGUGUCCAGUUCACCUGAACAGGCUCCAAGGUACAACGGACCUACUCAAUCAGCCCAGACAUUUACAGUUGAUUUGUUUCUGCCACCUCAACAGUCUCCACGGUAUAAUGAGACCACUCUGACCAACAAUCUGAAUUUUGGAGGGCCAUCACCGUCUGCAGGGUCCAUGCUACAGAGAAAACCACCACAACCAAGUAGACCAAAUGGGAGAUCUUUUUCAGUGUCUUCCCCCGUCAACGGACCUGGAGAGUACAAGCCAGAGCAGCAGAUUAUUGAAUCAAAUUGCUCUCAAUCGACUCCACUUCUUCAGACUCCAGCACCUUUGGUUCCGAUGAAACCGCGUUUGCUUUUCAAAAGAAGUGAAUGGGCAAAGUCAAUCCAACAACAACCUCAACGAACCAUCGGGAGUGGAAUGGCAGUUGCAUUGCAGACAAUUCCAUCUCAAACCCAAAACGACAUGACACCACAACCUCAACCUGAUCCAUGCAGUAAGUCAGUAACUCUGCUUCAAACUCCGAAACCGAAUGAGGCAGCAACACCGGAGCUGUUAGAGGCCACUCAGCUACAACAAGUUGGUCCUGGGGGACACACCAAAGAGGUGACGACUACCAUCCCAGAAGAAUGUCCUAUGAGUCAACCUGCUAAAACCGAAGGAACCAAGCCAGCUGUUGCCCAAGACAAACCAAUUGGUAUGAUGAGAGAAGAGCGACCAUCAGUGAGUUUUGCAGACGGUGAUUCGCUUCUCAUGACGGCAUUCAUCGUCCAGAACUCAUCUUUAAGGAAUGUCCGGGACUCGGUCAUUCUUCCCAAAUGCUACAAAACCAAACCAAAAUCGUCACCAACUCCGAAGGGAAUUCUAGUCGUAGACAAAAGCCGACGUCGAAGAUCCUCUCCUCGCCCAUGGGUUGAAAUGCCUUCCUUUUCUCCAUGCCCAGCCGAGACAGUGCGAGCCAUGAGAGCCGUGGAAGAUGCCAAGACAGCCCGGGAGCACGGCCUGGCUGCGGAGAAGAAACAUGCCGCACAGAUGCGGGUGGCUCCAGUGUACAACGAACGAUUACAGAUUUCAGCUGGUCUUACGAUCUGCACCUUUGAGACUGAAUAA